AAGCGACUCGCCUAUUAUUAGCGGGCGCCGACGGCAGCAUGGACCGACGCCCGGCCAAGUCGAUGUUUGACGCCGGCAUCUCGUCCAAGUUUUCCCGCCAGUACAUUGGCGCUGUCUACGAAGACACGACGCUCAACGCGGCGACCGCGGCGCGGCUCCGCGCCGAGCGCAAGCUCCAAGCGCAAGAGGACGCCAUUGAGCGCCAGCGGCUCAAGAUCGAUCUCGAGAUUCAAAAGAUUCAAAACGCGAAAAGGACCGUCCAGCGCAAAAAGCUGCGCGAGGCCAAGCGAGUCGAAGCGCGUUGCCACGGAGCAGCGGCUGUCCUGCAAGCCGCCGCGCGGGCCUUUCUACAGCGACUGCAUACACGACAGACCGUGGCCGCGACGACCAUCUCGAGCGUCUGGCGCAUGCACGUGUCGAUCGUCGCACGACAUGUGCGGGCCCACGCGGCGGCCACGCUCACGCACGCACUCGUGCACCGGGUGCGGCAUCGGCGACGGCACCAGGCUGCGCACCGCCUCCAGACAGCAUGGCGCCGCCACCGGGCUUCUCAGUGCGAAUGGCUUGCGCACCAGGCGCACUGGCAGCAGCUGCAUUCGGCAGCAACAACACUCCAGAGCGUGUACCGCAUGCACGUCGUCCGCGAGACGUUCUUGGACGUCCUCGACGCUGUGAUUCGGUUCCAAGCACUCUACCGCGGGCACGUCGCGCGUUGUGCGCUGCCACCCGCCGAGCCGCAAGUCGACGAGCCCGAAUCGGUGUCGAUGGCGCCGCUCCCGUCGCCGUGGACCCCUGCGCAACGCGAGGUGCCGUCGACGAUACCGGCGUUGACUGUCCUGCUCCCAACGAGCCCUAUGAACAAAGUCGUACUGCCGAGCCUCCCAAAGCAAUCCACCGCGCGGCUUGAGGUGCCCGAGGCGCGCGCCAACGUACCAAUUAAGCAGCUGCGACAGCGCCGCAAGACAAUUGCGGUCACGCUGAGCCCAAUGCCGUACCAGACAGUGCUCGUCCAGCGCGCCGAGUCGGCGUCCGUCGCGCCCGACGAGGACGCGCACAAGCGCAACAUGGCCCACGCGGCGCUGCGGCGAAAAGUACUUCUGCAGCAAUGCCAAGAAAAGCAGCGGCAGAUGGAAAAACGCUUGAAGCAGUCGCAGCUCGAGCGAGAAGCUCUCGAGCGCACCCUCAUGCUGCGCGAAGAGCGGCGCAGCCGCGUUCUCGCCAAGACCGACGUCCGGCUUCGUGUCGCCGCAGCGCGACGGGCUGCCACCGCCGACCGCCACAUCGUGGAGCGAGAGACCGCCGCCAUGGAGAAGGAGGAGCGGCAGAGUCGACUCGCGUGGAAGUGGCUCAUGCGUGCCAAGACCCUCUCGACGGCCGUCAAGCCGCGCGCCUCCAACCAAGUGGACGAGCCAAAGGUGGUUCGAAAACAGCGUCUGCCCAAGCAGCAGCCCAAACGCGCCAAACAAAAGCGCCAGCUGCACCAGGCCGAGCGAAACGAGUCGGACGCGCUCUGGGCCGACGACACCUUUGACGAGCUCGUCGACGAGACGGUGCUCAAUGGCUUGCUCGUGCAAUAA